AUGUCUCUUCCUUCAAUACAAAGAGUUUUUCUACAAUCUAUUGCUGCGGCAGACCCUGAGGGCCAUUUUGUAAAUGUCGAUAAUAUUCAAACAUAUUAUAAGAUAGCAAUUCCCCAACACCAUCAAAUCCUCCUUCAGAAUCAACAACCACUUCCAUACGAACCUCACAAACCCGUGAUUCUCUGUCUUCACCAUUUUCUAGGAAAUCAGUACACAUGGAAAUUUCUUAUGCAACCUUUAGCCGAUGCUACAGGUUGCCAUGUUAUCGCCUAUGAUAGGGUGGCGUUUGGUUUCACUGAGAGACCAGAUCAGUGGGAAGAAGGCAAGAAUCCUUAUACCCAAUCUGCUUCUGUGGAAUUUGCUAUCCAAUUGCUGGUACAAUUGGGAUAUGGUACGAAAAAGAUAAUAUUAGUUGGUUGUUCCACUGGUGCAGCUAUAUCUUGCUCAAUUGCAAUCAGAUUUCCUGAUUUAGUUCAUUCUUUAAUUCUGAUUGGCCCUUCAUUGAGACCCGAUGAUCAAGGCCCACCCCCUGUAGCGCGUAAUGUCUUAGGUUCAGCACCAGGAAAGCUAUUUCUUAAAACCAUAUUACAUCGAUAUAUUCCAUUAACAACUCUUUAUCACGACGUUCAUUCAAUGCAAGAAUGGGAGACAGUGAUCAAGCCGUGUUAUCGCGUUCCACUUAACUUGCCGAAUUUUUAUGAGUCGGUUUCGUGGUUGAUUAAAUAUUUUAUUCCUUUUGAAAUAUUACCUAAUAAACAUAUGUUACACCAAUUUCCUAUAUUAUACAUCGCCGGAGAUGAUGAUAAAUAUGUAGAAAAACAAAAAGAAAUUUUUGAUGAAAUGAUAGAGGGAGCUCCUAAAAAUGCUAUACUGGAAUAUAGUGUGAUAGAAAACUGUGGUCAUUUGCCACAAGAUGAAAAACCUCAGGAGGCUUUAGAUUUAAUAAUCGGUUUUCUCAGAAGACUUAAUAUUCACUGA